AUGGCAACCAUCAUUCCACAACCUACCACUCCAUCAUCUGUUUCGGUAACCCCAAAUAGACAACUUUUAAAGAAUAUUAAAAAUCUUCCAGUUUCUUCUUCAAAGAAACAAAACAAAUUUGUAACUGUUGGAACAACACCAAAGAAACAACCAGUCUCUACUAAAAAGAAUGGUACUACUACUGCUGCUGCCGAUCAAUUCCUUUUUACAGCUAGUACACCAUUUUCAUUGACUGUCCCAAAGUUGGAAACAUCUGCCAACAAUUCACCAGUCAAGGAAUUGUCAACUAGUGAUUUGAAGGUUUUGGAUAGAGUAGGAGGAGCUGCCGUCGGUCUCAUCUCUGAUGAUGCUGAUGUUGUGCCCGCCCCAUCAUCUUCCGUGUCGUCCAAGCCAGCCAUCCGCUACUCGGUCGACUUUAUAAAGUCGUUGCAAGGAGCUGCUUCUGUCUCUGCUUUGACCCGUCCCAAGGAACUCGACUAUAUCGACGAGAGCCAACGUGAAGCAGCAUUGAUGCAAUCCGUCUACUCGUCUACAGUCUCUGCUUCGGGAGGCUCUACUUUUGGCAGUGCUACCAAAACCCGUACCCCUCUCUUUGCCUCGUACAAUCAACAACACUUUGUCUCACCCAGCCCUUACAAGGCCUCGCCCUCAUCGGCCACCCCCUUUUCGGCUGCUGGCACCGUGUCCCCUGCUCACCAAUUUAAUUUGUCAUUAAAUGGCGACUCGCUAGGCGUCAUCCCCAUGCAAUUGCGCCAUCCACCCCUCCCCCUCCCUCUCCCAAUGCCAUCUCUAUCGUCGUCGUCCAACAACAAAAAGGCAUCGAACAAGCUCGUAGAUAACAAGCUCGCCAUGAUGAUGGACCAGUCCCCAGAUACUGCCACCACCACCGACUUGGUCGAGAGCCUUAAAAAGAUCCUCAAAGAGGACAACCCAAAGCGUCUUCAAGCCCGCCAACGCCAACUCGAUAUUGGUAAGGCUACCAUUGGCUACAAGACCUUUUCUACAGCCGUCUCCAAGAGCAAGAGAAAGAAAUCCGAUCCCAAGACCCCAAACAAGAACCAAAUCUGCAGCAAGAGAAGCUGGGAUGGUCAAGUCAGAAAAUGGCGUCGUCUACUUCAUCAAUAUGAUCCAGUUGGUACUCCUCUAGAAGAUGACGAUGAUUUAUUAGACGAUGAUUUGGAAGAGGAAGAUUUGGAAGAGGAAGAGGAAAAUGAUCAAAUGAAUCAAAAUAAUCAAAAUAAUAAUAACAAUUUCUCGUUUGUAAAUACUUCAAUUCCUCAAAUUUCAAGUGUCUAUGAUAAUAUUACACCUGAAAUGUUAUCAUUGUAA